AAGAGUCUAAAUUAUACCCAGAAAUCAGAAUCAUUCUAAAAAGUGAGAUUAUAUUCUUACAAAAAUAUAUUCUUAGGAAUGACUUUUCUGAUUCUAAUUUGCUUUAAGUAGGACGCUAGCAACUCUAUAAAUAUCAAGCCAAGGAGAAUACAGUGUAUCCCACAGAAAGUGAAACUGUUUCUAACAUGUCAAGUUUAAGGUUCUGUGUCACUGCCUUACUUGUCUGCGCAAGUUCUGUCUACCUCGUAGGCGGCCGCAGUCUGCCAAAAAACCAUGUCGCCUUGUUUAUCUUAGGGGAUUCAAUGUUUGAUGCUGGAAACAAUAAUUACAUCGAAACGACUUUUCGAGCAAAUUAUUGUCCGUAUGGCGAAACCUUCUUCAAAUAUGCAACAGGGAGAUUUUCUGAUGGCCGUCUAAUUCCGGAUUUUAUUGCCGAAUAUGCUAAUUUACCACUAAUUCCACCAUAUUUACAACCUGACAAUCAUCAAUUUACUUAUGGGGUCAAUUUUGCCUCGGCUGGAGCUGGUGCAUUGGCUGAAACCGGUCAAGGAAUGGCGAUAGAUUUGAGAACUCAGUCAAGUCAUUUCAAGAAUGUGGAAAAGCUGUUGAGGCAGAAACUAGGUGAUGCAGAAGCCAAAAUUUUGUUAUCCCAAGCUGUUUACUUAAUAACCAUUGGAGCCAAUGAUUACUUAAACUAUAAUGCCAAAUCCAUCAGUGAGUCCAAAGAAGAAUAUGUAGGGAUGGUGAUUGGCAAUCUAACUGCUGCUAUCAAAGAAAUAUAUGAGAAAGGAGGAAGGAAAUUCGGGAUUCUGGCCUUGGGGGAUUUGGGGGCUUUUUUUCCACCCAUGAAUGUAGCCACAAUACUAUCACAACUGCACAAUGCAGAACUUUCUAAAGUCCUGAAGGAGCUGAAUAUCCAACUAGAAGGAUUUAGAUACGCAAAGCAGGAUAUUAAUCUUACUGCUGCUGAAAUACUGAGUAAUCCUGAAAUACAUGGUUUUAAGGAGGUAGCUACCGCAUGUUGUGGCAGUGGCUUUAACAGAAGAAAUUUCGACUGUGGAGGAAAGAGGGGUAAUUGUACAGCAUAUGAAGUAUGUUCAGAUCCUUCUGAAUAUCUCUUCUUUGACGCUUAUCAUCUGACUGAGAAAGCAAAUAAGCUGAUUGCAGAGCUACUGUGGAGUGGAACACCCAAUAUUACGGGGCCAUAUAAUCUCAAAGCACUAUUUGAAGCAUGAUGAUCAUCACUUUUGUUUAAGGAAUAAUGACUUGAUAAUAAAUACAGUAUGAUUUUAUUGCCUGAUCCCUGAUAGUAGCGGAAAGUGUAUUCCGCCUCUGCUGUAUUCUGAUACUAUUAGUAUAUUAUAAUGUAUGUAUCAAUAAGAACA